AUGAUGAAAAGAGUCGUUUUUAUUUCACUAUUACUAUACUUAAAUCUUUUAACAAAAGCUUAGCAAGUCAAUAACUGCGUCACAGGUUGCUCAGAUUGUUAAUUUUCAAGUAAUUAAUAUAUUUGCAGCAAAUGCGAAUAAGGAUUUACUUUGUAUAAUAACCAGUGCCUCUAUUAAAAUUGCCCAUCUAACUACUAACUGUAGAGGUAUGUUACUAAAUAAUAAGGAUAAGAUUAAACAGUAGAUACCUGUAGAGCUAUCUGUGAUGCUAGUUAUAUAGAAAAUAGUACAUACAAUUUAUGUUAAUAAACUUAAUUGUGCCCUUUGUCUUUUGUUGGUUCAAGCAACAAUAGUCUUGGUACAAUAGAGAGUAUUUACUAAGUAAAUGAUUAAAUCACUAUGAUUGUUUAUCCUACUUAUAUUAAAUUGAUAAAUUCUAUGACAGGAUAAUAGCUACAAGAUAUGAGUUCUCCAAACAUUUUAACCACCUUAUAUUUCAAGAAUUAUCUUAUUACUUUUUCAACUACCAAUUUAGUUUCAGAAUGGAUUUUUGAAACAAAUUUUUUUAGAAAUAUAAAGUAAAUUUAAAAAGGCUAAUUAACAAAAAAAAGUUAAUUUAUUGACUUGGGUGUAGAUCAGUAAGCAAUAACAAGCUAUGAUGAUUCUUAGAGCCUUGUAUAUUUUAGUCAAAUUUAUUUAUAAGAGCAGCCUCUUAGCUUAGAUUCGACUACUCUCUCUUUCUCAUAUGUAGGUUGUGCUUUAAAAGUAAUUAAUUAGCUGGUUUUGUGCUUUGGUAAAAAUUAGAAAUUGAUAGCUAAAUAUUUGAGUAUAUAAAGUGGCUUUUUAAAUUUAUAAGACGUUAAACAGUCAGAUUUAUGUUAAAGUUAUGCUUUUAAUUCUAAUCCAAUAAUCCAGAAUCUAUAAAUAAAUUAAGUUUCUGUUUCUUAAUUUUUGAUAAUUUAGUAAUAAAGUACUCAAUUAAUUUAAAUAAUUUAUGAUAAAGUGGGGGCGCAAAUAGAUUGUAAACUAAUUGAUCUCAAAGUCUUUCCUUUAUAAUUGAGAUUAGUUGAUUAGUAGGAAUCUUAAAUGCUUUUUGCUGUAAAUUACCUAACAAAAUUAACUUUAAUGGACUAAAACAUUUAAGAAAUUCUUAGUAUUACUUUCUCGUAAAGUUAAUUUACAGACCUAGCUUUUUUCAAGUAUCCAAACACAAAUUUUAUGGCUAAUUAUAAAUUGAUUACAAUUCAAGCUUCUUCACAAAAUAUAAUUACAUAUCAAAUAAAUUUAAUUAAUAAAUCUUACACAUAAUUAAAUGCAUAUCCUGUGAUAUUUACUAAUCCUUUGAAAUUUGAAUCUUAUGGUGAUAAAUAUAUCUAAUCGGAUUAGAUUAAAACAUUUAUAAAUGCAGAUUAAUUAUUUAUCGUUAAUAACAACUUACAAUCUGUAAGCGCUGAUACUGAUUAAGUCAAUUACGUAGUUAUGCCUUACCAAAAGAAGAUAAUAGGACACAGAGAUAAAAUUAACAAAAUGGUAUAUUCUGAAAAUACCUAAUACCUUUUAACUUGCUCAAAUGAUGGAAGUAUAAUAGCAUGGUACACACUUUCAAGUUUGAAUCCUAUGUAAAUUUAUAAAAUAACCCAAAAUGGGUAAAAAUGCAGAGACAUCUUAAUUUAUUAAGAUACAUGGGUUGUAGCUCUAUUUUCUCGCUUAAUCCUUAUAUUUCAGAUUAAUAACGCUUUUGUUAGUUAUUCUUACUCUUUUUAGAAUCCUGUGUCCGAUGUUCUGUAAUUUAUAUUGCAAUUCCCUACAAAUAUUCUUCUCUAUUACGACUCAUAAUUUACUCUUUUGAAUGGAGUAGAUCUUAAACAAAUAUCAAUAGGAUAGUACUUAGAUAGUUAAAUCAUAUCAAUAGUUGCUGUUGCAAACUACAAUUUAAUUAUUCAAAAUGGCAGUAAUUCAUUGUAAAUGUAUCUGUUCGAUCCUAGCUAAAAUUAUUAGUUUAACAAAGUAUUAUCAUAAAAUUAUCAAAGCAUCUAUGGUGAUUUUUCAAUUAUUUAAAUAGAUAAUCUUUAAUCAAAUAAUUUUGAGGUAAUGCUUGGGUGUAAAAAAGGAGCAUUUGUAAUUCUUGAUAGUAAAUUGACCUAAAAAUUUUAUUAUCAAAUCAGCUAAGGCUUCCCAACAAAUAUUUAGAAGUAUCAAGAUAAUGAUACUUAUAUUUUAUUUUGCUAUAGCACCGAAUAAAAUUAAAUAUAUUUAUUCUUUCAUUACGCAAUAAUUAGAUCAUAAAAUAAAGGCUAUUUAUAUUCCAGAAGUUACUCUCUUAAAUUUAAUGUUGGACUCUAUCCAGAUAAAGACUAUGUAGGUAAUACUAAUAUCAGUUACAUGUUUUUAAUGCCUUUUUCAUAUUUCACUCUAAUCCUGAAAGGAACAUAUCGCCCUCUCGACUAAUCUGUAGAUUAUGGCUAUUUUGUUUAUUUAAUUGGAAACACUGUAACAUCUUUUGCAUCAAAAGAUAAUAAUAAUAUUUAAUAUUAUGGUAGUUAAUCUGGAUUACUCAGCUUUGAUAACUCAAAUUUGAAUAGUUUUUCUACUUUUAGUUUAAAUUCCAGUUUAAAAAGUGGUACUAUUAAAAGCGUAAAAACAAGCCCAUUUUUCGAAUCUAUUUUUGUAAUUCACAAUGAUAUUGAUGUUCACAAUAUUUAUACCCAGCAGUAUAAUUACACAAUAAAAUUUUCAUCUUAAUACUCUAAUAAUAGAGUAACAGAUUUAAUUUUUUCUGAAAAAAAUAACAUAUUAUUAGCAUUUAAAAGCUAAUAACUACUAAUCAAAAAUUUCUAAACAAAUGGUAUUUUCUCUUUUGACCAAAUAUCUUAAAUUAAUGGAGCUUUAAUUGAUGAAGUCAAUCUAAAAAUUUUUGCUUAUGGAAGUGCUUUGAGAGUCUUCAAUUUUAAUUUAACAACUUUAAAUAUCAUUACUCCUGAUAAUAUCUACAAUUAUUAAUAAUGUUUGCUCACUUCUGAUUUAAUAAUUUGUAAAGUAAAUAAUAAUAUUCUAUCUAUAAUUAGCAAAAAUACAUAUGCUACAAUAGCAAACACCGUAGUGACAGGUCUAUCAAAUAAAUUUUAAGUUUAUGUAGAUGAAUUAAAUAAAUAGAUAUUUCUUGUAGACACAAUAAUUCAAGUGUUUGAUUUUACUGGUAAUUUAAUAGGAUAAAUAACAAAUAUUAAUUUAAGUAUCUUAAAUCUUUAAAUAUUUGGAAAUAAUAUAGCUGUAUUAACUUCAACAUAUAUCUUUAUCUUCUAAAGAUAAUAAUUAGCUUUGAUAAUAUACUUCAAACCAACAGGAGGUGGAAAUUUAUUAGGCUAUUAUUAUAUUGCUGAUUAUAACACUUUAGUUUAUUAUGCUGAUGAAAUAAGAUAUGGCUAAUUAUUUUAUUUUAAUUUAUCAACUUAUUAAGAUGAUGGUUUUACAAUUAGUGCAUAUUCAGAACUUGGCAUAGGAAGUGUUGUUUCUUUAUUCUAUGAUUCUAUCAAUUCCCGUCUAAAUUAUUUAGAUAGUGUAGGAGUAUUUUACAGUGUUAACUUUCUUUCUUAAAGAGCAUUUUAUAAUAUCAUAAAUGUUUAUGAUUUCAAGACUGUUGGCUCUCCUGUAGUAGAGCAGUUUUAUUUUAAAAACUAAUAAUAAAACUCCAAUCAACAAAUUUCAACAACUUACUACAUAUUUGACUAAAGCAAUGUCUUAUAUUCAUAUAAAGAUUUUUCAUAAACAUAUUUGACUUAUUUUUCAAAUCCAAUAAGAAAUGUAUUCUAAAUAGAUAUUUAUAGAAUAGUUGUAUUUAUAUUUGAUGAUUAAAUUCUUAUUUACACAUAUGAUUAAGUAGAUAAUAAUUAAAUAUUUUCAUCAAAUUAUGUAGCUUAAAUAUAAAAUCCUAAAGCAAGAAUAUUUUUAACUAAUGAGCUACUUCUCACAACAGAGAAGCAAUUAAUUCAUAUAAACUAUUCUUUUUAUAAGGAUGGAACUAACAAUUGGAAAAAGAAUGUCAUAGAUUAUAGUUAAAACAACGAGUAUCUGAGAAAUCAUUUAUCAUUUGGAUCUCCUGCAUAAUAGAAAAUAUUUAUCAGCUUUAGUUCUGGUAGAGUUCUUUGCUAUGAUUAAGCAACAACUAAUUCUCAGUAGAUUAUCUCACCUUGGCAGCCAUAAGGGAAUAUCAUUAAUAAUUUUGUGAAACUAUUUUUCAAAACUAACUCUUACAUGAUUUUAGCUUAUCGUUAUAACAUAAUAACUUUAAUAAACUUAUCAGAUUUAUAAGUGUUGAAAUAAUUAGAUACAACAACUCUAAAUAAUUAAUAAAUUAAUCAAAUCAAUGCAAUUUUUGUUGAUGAGACUUAUGGGUAAUGCUUUAUCUCAUUUAUGUAUGAAAAAUUAAUCUAUGUACUUGACCUAAAAAGUUUUUCCUUUUUACAAUACCUGUCAUUUCCUAAUAACUAAUACAAUAGAUUUGCUACUACUGAUCAGUAUAUUUUGGUAUACUCAAAUUCUUAAAUAAAUUUAUUCUCAAGAGGAACACUUAAAUACAUCAAUUAAAUUAAAAAAAUAAACUCAUCCAUUCAAAUAACUUCUUUAAAUAUUAUAAACUAAAACAUAUUAAUUAUUUGCAUGAAUACUCAGCUCGAAAUAUAUCUCAUUAACUCUGAUAAAUCUAUCAUUUUAAUCGAUUCUACUCCUAUAUCGAAUUCUGAAAUAGUCGAUGCAUAUCAGCAAUAAAAUGAUAGCAACACAAUGAGAAUUGUAGGAAUAUCAGAUAAUGGUAUUUUUGAUAAAAUAAUUAAUACUUAAUUAUACUUUUAGUCUACUCAAACAUCAGUUGCAAGUUCAUAGUCUGGUUAAUACUCUUGCUAUUCUUCUCUUAGUAUGGUUGAUAGAAUUUAAGGAUAGAAUAUAUUUUCAUAUUUAUACAAUAAUAAUGUUUUAAAAAUUAAAAUGGUAAAGUAUAGAAAUCCAAGAACAAAACUUUACAGGAGUCCAAAUUCAAUUUAAUAAUUUGUCAAAUUUAUAAAAUCAAACAAAUAGUACAUCGAAUUAACCACUAAUUUAGUUCACAGAUUCUAUUCAAGUGAUACAGAAUAAGUCAUAUUAUAUGAAGACUAAUUAACAAUUUCUGAUGGUGAGUUUAAGUAAACAAGUAUAUAGAAAGAUAAUUAACUCCUUCUUUCUAAAUAAGUUAAUUAGCCUAUAAUAAACAUUUAAGCUACAACUCUUAAUAUUGUUGGUAUAUAAUAUAUUUCAAAUUAGGGAAAUAUUUUAAUUUAAAAUUCUAAGAUAGUAAAUAUUUAAAAUUCUAAAUUUGAAUCAAAUACAUCUAUAGAUGGAGGAGCAUUCAUUUUUAGUACAAUAUCAGAAUUUAUAAAUAUAAUUAAUACUAUAUUUAGUCAAAACACAGCUUUAGGCUCGGGUGGUGCUAUAUACCUUUAUCAAACAAGCAAGUUAAUGUUAGAUGAACAAUCUAGAAUUGAAAAUAACAUUGCUCAAAUUGGAGGAGGAAUAAGGAUAAUUUUGACUACAGGCAACCCAUUUUAAGUAAUAAACUAUGAAUCUCAAAUAAAAAAUAAUAUUGGAAUCAUUUUUGGUAAAAAUAUUGGUAUCUAUCCUGUUAGAGCUAUUUUAGAUUCUAGAUCUUAAAAUUCAAGAAAUUUAUAAAGAAAAGAUAGAAAUGAGGAAAUCGAAAUAGCUCAUAGCUUUUAAAAUAAUAAUUUAUCAUAUUAAAAUAGUAUUAGAAGUCUUUAGAGUGAAGAUAGUUUAAGCAUCUUUUCGUUUAACAGCGGGGAUUAUUUGUAUUUAUAAGUCUAGUUGGUUGAUUAGUAUGAUUAAAUUGUAAGUUUUAGUGUUAGUUAACUUAGCUAAGAAUAAUAUGCUUAGAGUGUAUAAGCUUUCUUUUUUUCUUCUUUGAAGGUUAGUGCUAAACCAAAAUCAAGUAGGGUACUAAAAUUAAUUUUAACAACUAACUCCUUUUCCUCAUCACAAAUAGGCUAAAAUAUAACUAUCAAUUUUCGUUAGUGCAAUUAAGGCGAAAUAUUUAAAGAUUUGACAAGUACAAUUACUAUUUGCGAAAUUUGUUAAAGUGGCUUCUAUUCUUUGGAAGAUCCGAAUAAACCAUAAAAUGCUUAGAAUUUAAGCUGUUUAUAAUGUCCAUCGUAAGCUUCAUAAUGUCAAGGUGACCAAAUAGUCCUUAAAGAUGGGUAUUGGAGAUAAAACAAUAAAACUGAUGAUAUAUUUAGUUGUAACUAAAUAAUAUAAACUCUUACUUGUAAAGAAAGUGAUCAUGAAAGUAAAGAGGGUUGUAUAAAAGGUUUUUCAGGACCUUUAUGCUAAUUUUGUGAUGAAAGUGGAAGGCUAUGGGACGAUAGAUAUACUUUCAGUGUAUCGGAUUAGCUAUGCCAUCAAUGUGAAUAAUAAUAUGUUUAUAUUACAUACAUCAUCGUUCUAAGUUUGUUACUACUAUUUUAUUUAGUAGUAAAUAUUUUGAUGUUCAUGAAUAAUUACACGUACCACUCUACCUGCACCUAUCUAAGAUAAUUACAAAUAAUUCCAAUUUCUGUUAGCUGUAUGAAAGAUAAAUCAACUUAAUAUAUGAAAACUUUAAUAAACUAUCUUUAGAUUACAUCAGUUUUAUUUUAGUUAAACAUGAAAUCGGAUUUUACUUCUCUAGUUAAUUCUACUAGUUACUUGGGAUCUCCUGCAACAAAUAUACUUUCGAAUUCUCAUUGUGUUUAUCCUAGUUAUGCUAUAGAAAAAUAUGGAACUGUUACAAUUAAAUUGUUUUUCACAUCUAUUUACCCUCUUUUUUUCCUAGUAAUUAUAGUGGUAGGCCUAUUUGUGUGCUAUAAAUUAAAAUUUUUUGGAAUAAAAUAAUACUACAAAUAUGCGGUGAUAACAAUCCUCUACACUUUUUUUUAGCCAAGUUUAAUUAAACUUUUUACGCUAGCAAUUUCUUGUAGAUCUAUUGGUAAUAAUUCAUAUGUUUCAUUGAAUUUCUAAAUUUAAUGUAAUGAUGAAUCUUAUAGAGAUUUUGUAAAUUACUUUAUAACUCCAUAUCUGGUUUUCCUUUUUAUAGCUCCAAUUUAUAUACUUAUAUUGCUUUAUAAAAAUAAGAAAAGCUUAAAUUACUGCACAACAAAGUAUAGAUUAGGUUAUUUCUAUCUUGAUUAUAAACCUAAAUAUUAUUUUUGGGAAAUAAAUAAAAUAUAUGGUAAGACCUUUGUAAUAGCUUUUUAUACAUGGUAUAAUCAAGUAGAUCAAAGUUUUUCAUACUAAGUAGUAUCUUUAUUUAUUUGCUUUACUAUAAUCGCUAAUUCUAUUUUUAAGCCUUUUGUCGUUAAGUAGAUUGAAAUACUAGAUUCUCUGUCAAGGGUAUUAAUACUAAUUAAUAUAAUAUUGCAAUAACUCAGUUAAAUCUAUUCAUAUAGCAUGUUUACAGUUUUAUAAUAUAUUAUCCACAUUUCGUUCGUUUUUGGUGUUUUUUUGAUCAUAUUCCGCCUUAAGCUAAGUAACAUAAUAGAUUAAAAAGAAGGAACUAUGUUAAAAUUUCUUAAGAGAUGGGUUCAUAAAGAUAUAAUUAAUAUUUUUAUCAUUAAAAACACAAAUUAAAUGAAGGUUUACAAGAAUUGGAAAAAAAUUUAAAAAAAUAUUACAAACAUAAUUAAACAUUAAGCAUAGAAAGUUCAGCAAUUAUGUGAAACUAACACAAGCAAAAUAAUGACAUCAAGAAAUAAUAAAACCAUAAUAAAUACUUAGAAAGUAAAAAGUUAUAAUUAAGAUUCAACUUUAGCACCAUAAACAGGCUAAUUUGGAAAUUAUAGAAUUUCUUAUGAGAAUACAAGUAUUUUCGCUAGUCAGAUAUUAAACAAAUAAGGUUAAUCUUAGAUAUAAACACCAGGUAUAGUAAGAAAUUGUACUAUUUUUAAAUAGUACAGUGAAGCAGACUAAGUAACAGAUAAUAGAUAUCAAGAUGAAAUUAUGGAAUAGAUUAACAUAGAUGCUAAGAUUUAAAAUAUCGUAGAAAGUAUAAAUGAUUUAGAUAAUAUUUAAUAAUAUGAAGAAAAUCCUAAUUAAUAAGCAAAUGAUUUAAAAAAUUGUAAUGAUUUUAAGACAAUUAUAAAAUUAAAUUAGAAUUGA